AUGAGAGUAAGAAAGCCGACAUCUAAGAGAACGUCUACGCGUAUGAAGGAGGGUAUCAAGAAGAAGGCCGCUGCUCAGAACAGGAAGAACAAAAAGCUGGCUAAGAAGGACCCUACAUGGAGGUCCAAGAACAAGAAGGAUCCCGGUAUUCCCGCUAGUUUCCCCUACAAGGACAGGCUGAUUGCCGAGAUCGAGGAGAAGAAGCGCGAAGAAAAGGCGCUUAAAGACAGAAGAAAGGCCGAGAGGCGUGCCCUGCAAGCUGGUGGUGCAGUUUCUGAAGAGAUAGAAGCCUCUGAUGACGACGACAUGGAGGAAGAAGGAAACGGAUUGGAAGCCCUGAUGGCUUCAGCACAAAGGGCUGCCGCAGCCUACGAGAAUGGAAGUGACGAAGAUGAAGAUAUGUCGGGCGACGACAUGGAGGAAGACACAGAGGUGGUGGAGUAUCCUAUUGAGUACUCAGACAACGAGGACUCCUCCGAGAUUGAAAAGUCUAGAAAGGCCUAUGACAAGAUCUUCAAGGCAGUAGUGGAUGCUUCAGAUGUUGUACUUUAUGUUUUGGAUGCGAGAGACCCAGAUUCUACCAGAUCCAAAAGGGUUGAAGAGGCAGUGUUGCAGUCGCAGGGAAAGAGACUGAUCCUGAUCCUGAAUAAAAUUGACUUGAUUCCAGAAGACGUGUUGAAACAAUGGCUGGAUUUCCUCAAGUCAUCCUUCCCAACCAUUCCGCUCAAGGCCUCUUCAUCCGUGAGCAGUGCCAAGUCGUUCAACAAGAAGAUGUCGCAGUCGGUCACUGCCAACGCUUUGCUCGCCGCUCUCAAAUCAUACGCCAACAAGUCUAAUCUCAAGAGAUCGCUGAUUGUAGGUGUCAUUGGUUAUCCAAAUGUUGGAAAGUCAUCGCUGAUCAAUGCUCUCACCUCGAGACAUGGAGGCUCCUCCAAAGCUUGUCCCGUGGGAAACCAGGCUGGUGUCACCACCUCUUUGAGGGAAGUUAAACUCGACAACAAGCUCAAGAUCAUUGACUCUCCUGGAAUUGUAUUUCCAGAUUCGAAGAAACUGAACAAAAAACAACAGGAGGCACAAUUGGCUCUCUUGAACGCGAUACCACCAAAGCAGAUCACCGACCCUACGCCUGCGGUGUCUUUGAUGCUCAAAAGGCUUGCGAAAUCGCCAGAAAUGACCGAAAGGUUCAAAGAACAUUACCAAUUGCCCCCAAUGGCCAGUCACGAUCUGAACGAUUUUACCAACAGUGUGCUCAUUCACGUCGCACGCAAGAUGGGUCGUCUCGGGAAGGGUGGAAUCCCCAACCUCACCAGUGCUGGACUUGCAAUUUUGUCUGACUGGCAUGAUGGAAAGUUUGCAGGCUGGGUUCUGCCCAAUUCUUCAAAGCAACAGGCAUCAGAGUCGGCCAUUGCCAGAGGAACCAACGAGCCAGCCAAGGUUGAACAGACUACUGUCGUGAAUCAGUGGGCCAAGGAGUUUGAUCUUGAUGGUCUACUGAACGGAGCAUUUGACGCAUAA